AUGAUCGUCGCUCGUCCAUCACUUCUUCUCCGGCCCCUGGUCUUCUCACUACUGGUUGUGUCGGCACUGUCUUCGAAGACAUUGCAUCUAUUUCAACAUGCAGGAUCUCUCCCUAGCGCGCUUUUCGUCCUUUACUUUCCGACAUUUUUCAUUCAGGAAGCCUUUCUCUUUGCAGGCGCUUGGUUUCUCUUGCAUAAGACAACGGGUCUGAGGUCUGUUUUUGGAGCAGGAUUAACAGCAUUUCUAUCAUGCUUGACCUUCAUCCUAUCCGCCUCUCAAAUUGGCUUCUACUUCGUCACAGGCAGUGAAAUCCGUUGGGAUGCCGCAACAAGCGUCGGAAAUGAUCCGGAGGGAAGAAAGCUGAUGUUUAGCGGGCUCAGAUCAUUUCUGGGAGCAGCUGCGAUGCUUCUUGUUGCAUCGUGGAUUUGCACGACGGGAAUAUGCAUGUUGAUGACCAAAUGGCUGUCAGCGGUGUUCAGCGCGUCCUCACCAGAAAAGGUGGAUGAAGAGCUUCCGCUAGCCCAUCUGCAACAAACAUUCCGUAAAGAGCGCCUUGUUCGAUUUUGGACCAUAUGUGCUAUACUCGCAAGCCUUGGUCUGCGCAUUGUUCGGCCUCGGGUGCCCUAUAACCAUAUGUCUGGAGCUUUGCCGUUUACUUUUUUCGAAGCGAUUCGGCUGAAGCAUGUUGCGCAUCACGAACCUAUUAAUGGGGAAUUCCCGUUUCCGGAAUUGAUUGGGGAGGAAUAUUGGGAAGCUUCCAAUGGUCAUUUCAAGGGCUGGGCGCCGGGUAUGUCACGGCUGAGGACAGACGACACUCAGCCCCCCUGGGCUGCUGGGCCUUUACCAACAGGAUUUCGCCGUUGGAGAGAAUUGGCCAAUCUGGAGAACGAAGAUAUCUUGUUCAAUGGACAAGACCCCGAAGAGUCUCGGAAGGGGUUCUACAACCCUGUCGACGAUCCCUUGCGCAUCACGAAUCUCAACCACGGGCUACUUGAGCCGCUCGCUCGAGCGUUGAAGGACCACGAUAUUCCGAUCACUCAUGUCGUUCUCGUGAUGAUGGAAAGUGCGCGCAAGGAUAUCUUCCCUCUGAAAUCAGGCUCGCAUUUACACCAGGAGAUUCUCUCGUCGCAUCGCAACGCCGAUGCAAAAUCUCUUCACGACCUCAAUGACAAGCUAGCGCGUCUAACACCCGUUGCAGAAAGGCUAACGGGGGAGUCUGGUGGAUUUUCAUCAUUGAAAGGUGAUCCUGAUGCGUUAGAGACCGAAUGGAAAGAUUCUGCAGGACCUGACAUGGGUGGCAUCAAUGUUAACGGCGUCCUCACUGGUAGCACUCUGUCCUUCAAGAGUGCAGUUAUGAACCACUGCGGGGUGGGACCGCUCCCAAUUGAUUUUAUGGGCGAAGUCAAAGCCGAGAUUUACCAACCCUGUAUCAUGCAGGUUCUCGAACUCUUCAAUCAACUCCAACCGAAGUCAACCAGCGAUGAUGCCAGAUUUCAAGAUCGCAACUGGACCUCGGUGUUUCUGCAGUCUAUCACCGGGGAGUAUGACGAGCAGAGCAAUCUCAAUAACAGGAUGGGUUUCACAAAAGCCCUUUAUCGCGAGGAUAUCGAUCAGCCCAAAGCCGAGCAUUACCAUCCCCAUAUGGAGGAGAUCAAUUAUUUUGGCUUUUCGGAGCGCGAGAUAUACCCUUACCUGCAAGAUGUGGUGAAAGGUGCACUUGAAAACAACGAGCGACUCUUCUUGUCACAUUUUACAAGCACAACUCAUCAUCCCUGGUCUACACCGGAGGAAUUCCAUAAGGAGCAAUACUUGGCAGACGACAGCCUCAUAGCGGAACAUGAGGACAUGAACAAUUAUCUGAACGCAGUCCAUUACGUGGACACCUGGUUGGGUGAUAUGUUGAAAGUAUUGGAUGAUAACGAUAUUGCCAACGAGACAUUGGUGGUGCUUGUCGGAGACCAUGGCCAGGCAUUCCAAGAAGAUGCACCAGUGACGGGGACGUACGAGAACGGGCAUAUCAGCAACUUCCGUAUCCCGCUCGUCUUCCGACAUCCCCUUCUGCCCCGGCUUCAGAUCACAGCCAACGCAACCUCGAUGUCGGUUGUGCCGACCAUUUUGGAUUUGUUGGUGAACACGAAAUCCUUGAACGAGAAGGAUUCGGCCGCAGCACAGGACUUGAUGAAUGAGUAUGAGGGACAAUCGCUCAUCCGCCCGUACCAGGCUACCCAUAAUGGCCGGCAGGCGUGGAAUUUCGGCAUCAUCAACGCUGGGGGCACGAUGCUUAGCGUUGGAUCUGCGGCUGUACCGUACCGACUUAUUCUGCCACUGACGCCAGACUUUGAAUUUGCCUUUUCGGAUCUAGACGUCGAUCCCGAUGAAUUGAGCCCGUUACGCGGUUGGACACAGGAGGAGGUCAUAGACCGGGUCCGAGAACAGCAUGGCGACAAGGCCGCUGAGUGGGUGGCGGACGCCGCGAACGUGGGACGGUGGUGGGUGGAUGAACGGAAGAGGCUCUGGCACCACCACUAUUGA